UCCACUAAGGCUGGGAUCCCAGCAGCUGGAGGCUAGAAGCCGGAGUCAUGGAGUACACAGGGAGCAAAUAUAUCGGGGAAUAUGUAGAUGGGAGGAUGGAGGGCAAAGCUGAAUACAUCCUCCCAACAGAAACAAGAUAUGUUGGGGAAAUGAAGGACGGCAUGUUUCACGGCGAAGGAACCCUGUACUUCCCCAGUGGGAGCCGAUAUGACGCUGUCUGGGAAAAGGGAUUGGCCAUCAAGGGCACAUACACCUUUGCAGAUGGGCUGCAGUACGAUGCUAAGAACUGGCACUACUGCGAUGGCUAUGACCGGAGGUUUUACACGGAGAUCUGCUUUGGCUUGAAGCCUUCAGGUAUCUCUCAACUCACCAACAUGGACCCACCAAGAACAAUUCCCCCAGCCUCCUAUGAUUGUGGAGAUGGCUUCUACGACCCCAACACGCGGAUAAUUAAGGACUAUAGCAACCGCUUUCUGAGAAACGCAGACGAUGAUGAGCAUGAGUGGAUCAUCCGGACCUGUCGGAAGGGCUGGGAUGAGAUUGUGGGUCACAGGCCCAAGCUGUGAGUUCUGCAGCAGCCUCCACCAGAGGCUGUCAUCUGUCCCGCUGGCACUGGCUGCCUUCACCCUGGGAGGCUGUAA